AUGGAUUGGUGGAAAUUGGUCGGUAUACAAUGGUGUUGUGAUAGUGCAGUGAUAAGGCGGGAUGUGCUUUUGGAAUGGUGGAUGUGGACCGCACUUGGCUUCGCCCUUCUUGUAGCUGUUGCAUCUGUUUCUAUUAAGGCAGAUGGACCUAAAAAAAAAAUUCGCAUACACCUACCACAGAAGGUGAAGCAUAUACACCAUCACAAAAAGAUAUACAUAACGAACCACCCUGCGUCCUCGCCAUACGCGCCGGCGUAUAUGCCCAGCGCGGAGGGCUCAGUGGCGGUGCCGAGUGCCCACAUACUUCCAAUUAACGGUAUCCAGGACAUUUACGAGGAGCACCAGGCCCGGCCAGGCCUUUCUGCCGCCGCUUCACAUCUCCUUCCCUUAUACCACGCCAGAGGCUAUUACGGACCGACGCACACCGAAGUAGAAGAACAGGAAUACGAAGUUUCACCAUCAGACUCGAGCGAUAGUUACGGACCCUCUGCGUAUUCGGGUCCAUCGACUCCGAACCAUUCGAAGCGGGUGAAGAUCAUAAAACUGAAUGAGCCACCGCGUAAGAAAGUUAUCAAGAAAAGCAAGCCUAAAAGGGCCCCUGGGCGUAGGAGACCGACUCCAGCUCCACCGGUCAUUGAAGGUGAACAUCCUGUAUCUACAUUCCACGAACAAUUCUACUCCGAUGUAGACGGUUCUUCAACCAUCAGAAAAGUGAAGAAACCCCCGCGGGUCGAGAAAAUUAUUGACGGCGAUACAGAACAUAUCCACACGUACACAGAAGAACAUAUACACAAACUGUUAUACGAUGACAGUUCUAAAUAUUCGAACGUUGUUGGCGUAGAUCCCAUAACAGGUAUGAGCACUAUAGCCAGACCGACUCCCAUCCAUCCCUUCAAAGCGCAAGCAAUAAUAGCCAUUCCUACGAACCCGUUCGGUGGAUUAGCAGCGAUAGGAACGAUGGCACCACCAGCGCAUUUCGAAUAUUCAGCUUACAACCCACGUGAGGUGACACACGAUCACAUAUUUCACGAUCACGGCGAAAUACCUUCAGGAAUAGAUAUCACAAAGGACCCGAUGGGCUUACCACCAAAAGCGUCAUAUAAUGGCCAAGGCAUAAGGAUAGCAACUUUGCCCAUUACAAACCAAUUAAGUCAGUUAAACCAAUUGAACCAAUUAAAUCAAUUAAACCAGUUAAACCAAUUAAAAAGUAAGUUACCAAAGUACAAAAAGCCCAUCAAAGCGUCGGCGGCAGAUUUGGCCUAUUAUGAAAGUAUGUACUCCGAUAAUAACCGGUUGAAAAAAAAUGCUAGACCUUCGAUUAGUGCUACAGGCUUUGAAGGGUUAGACGACGAACAGAAAUUAAAUAAUUUUCGACUACUCGCUGACUAUGGAUUAAAGAAGGGAAACGCAAAAGCUCGGACCCAAUUGACUUCACUAUUUGGUAAAUCAAUGAACGAUUUCAGGAUUCAGCCAUCUGGUGUAUCUUCGCCUUUUAGCGUGUCUUCCACAGUAGUACAUGAUUACAAACCGAAUAAUUUUCUUAACGCCGGCACCGCAGCGGCGAACCUAAACAAAUAUAAAGAGGCGUUCAUUAAUUUUAAAGACAAUUACGCCAAUAACUUUGCAUACAACUCCUUAGCGUCCGAAGAUAAAAAUGACAGUGGGAGCCUAACACUGACAUCGCAGAAAGAGAAGAAGAAAUCCAUAUCGAAGCAGAAUAUAAAUUUUGGCGGCAAAGAACACAUAACAUACGUAGAUCAUUUGGGAAACGAUCCUGCUAUUAAUGACGACUCUCCAACAGCUCUAGAUAAUCUUGGUAUAUUUGAUCACGAUCAGUCAAGCGAUCUAGCGACACCAACGAAUUUUUCCUUCAAGUCAUCCACGCCCAUUCGGGAUUUUGUCUCUAUGCUAAGUGCUAAGCAAUUGCAAGGAGAUCCGAUAACUUUACCAGAGGCUUCGAAUGAUAACUUCCAAUACGUCGAAGCUCCAAGCACCACUCCCCAUACAACUGUAGCAACUACACAAGCCCCAACCUACUCAAAACAAAGCCCAGAUACAACAGACAACCAAUCGGAACACCGAGAUAGCAAACGCUUACGAGAAACAAACAAACAUACGAACUCUAUGAUGAACGAGAACUAUAGUGUUAUGACAAAUAACGAUUUCAGGAAAGCAUCACAGAAUUACGCUGAACAACAAAGAGCAUAUAACCAGGGCAACAACCCGACAACGGUUAGGGGUAAACUUAAAUAUGGUGACAAAAUCUAG